AUGGUAUACUCCCAAGUAGCUUUCAAAACCCUCCAUAAAGUACCGUUACAACUAUCAUUCAAAAUUGGCUCCAAAGUGUUGUUUCACGCACUCAAACAUGAACACCACCUGUUCGACCAUAUUCCCCACCCAAACGCUGCUUCAGUUAACCGUUCCAUGCUUAACCAUUUGCACAGCAACCUUCCCUUUCAAGCUCUUGCCGUAUUCAAGAAGCAGUUCCAAUUGCAUUUUCUUGAACAUGUCGACGAGGUUACUGUUGCCCUGUCUCUCAAGGCUUGUCAAGGAGAGUUUAAACUUGGGUGCCAAAUCCAUGGAUUCGUGGUAUCUACUGGGUUUGUUUCCCGCGUCUCGGUAUCCAAUUCGCUUAUGAAAAUGUACUGCAAGUCUGGGAAUUUUGAAAGGGCUUUGCAUGUCUUUGAGAAUUUGAGUCAUCCUGACAUAGUUUCUUGGAAUACCAUCCUUUCAGGGUUUGAGAAGAGUGUGGAUGCUUUGAUUUUUGCACGUUCUAUGCAUUUCAGUGGGAUAGUGUUUGAUCCGGUAACAUAUACUACUGCUCUUGCCUUAUGUUGGGAUGAUCAUGGGUUUUUCUUUGGGUGGCAAUUGCAUUCUCUUGUACUUAAAUGUGGAUUUGGUUGUGAAGUUUUUAUAGGGAAUGCACUUAUAACCAUGUAUUCGAGGUGGGGGAGACUAGAUGAGGCUAGAAGAGUGUUUGAUGAAAUGCCCAUAAGAGAUUUGGUUUCGUGGAAUGCGAUGCUUUCGGGCUAUGCUCAAGAGGGGGAAUGUUGUGGGUUUGAAGCAGUUUCAUUGUUCAUCAACAUGGUAAGAAAAGGUAUGUUGCUAGACCAUGUUUCAUUAACAGGUGCAGUUUCAGCUUGUGGUUAUAUGAAAAACUUAGAGCUAGGGAGGCAGAUACAUGGUUUGACCCAAAAAUUGGGAUAUGGAACACAUGUUUCAGUUUGCAAUGUUUUGAUAUCGACUUAUUCAAAAUGUCAGAUUCUUAGAGAUGCAAAAGCGGUUUUUCAGCUCAUGAGUAAUCGAAAUGUGGUCUCUUGGACAACAAUGAUUUCUAUUGAUGAAGAAGAUGCAGUGUCUCUCUUUAAUGCGAUGAGAAUUGAUGGUGUGUAUCCAAAUGAUGUUACAUUUAUAGGAUUAAUACAUGCUAUAACAAUCAGGAAUCUUGUGACAGAAGGUCAAAUGGUUCAUGGGUUUUGCAUAAAAAGCUGCUUUUUGUCAGAACAAAAUGUCUCCAAUAGCUUAAUUACCAUGUAUGCCAAGUUUGAGUCCAUUCAUGAAUCAAAGAAGAUUUUUGAGGAGCUUAACAAUCGAGAAACAAUAUCAUGGAAUGCAUUAAUUUCAGGGUAUGCUCAAAAUGGCUUCUGUAAAGAAGCUUUCAUUACAUUUUUGUCUGCUACAAAGGAGAUAAAGCCCAACCAAUACACAUUUGGUAGUGUCUUAAAUGCAAUUGCUGCUGCUGAGGAUAUAUCUUUGAAACAUGGGCAGCGUUGCCAUUCUCACUUGCUCAAACUUGGUUUAAGCACUGACCCAAUUGUUGCAGGGGCUCUGCUUGACAUGUAUGGCAAGCGUGGAGACAUAAGUGAGUCUCAAAGAGUGUUCAACGAGACACCUGAAAGAACCCAGUUUGCAUGGACAGCAAUAAUAUCUGCCUAUGCUUGCCAUGGAGACUAUGAGUCAGUGAUGAGUUUGUAUAAGGAAAUGGAGAGGGAAGGAAUCAGUCCUGACUCCAUCACUUUCCUUUCUGUUUUAGCUGUAUGUUGUAGAAAGGGCAUGGUUGAUGCAGGCCAUAGAGUCUUUGACUCUAUGGUUAAAAAACGUUCAAUUGAACCAGCCCCUGAACAUUAUUCUAUUAUGGUGGACAUGCUAGGCCGUGCAGGACGACUAAAUGAGGCAGAAGAGUUGAUGCACCAGAUUCCAGGAGGACCUGGAUUAUCAGUGUUACAAAGCUUACUUGGGUCUUGUAGAUUACAUGGGAAUAUGGAGAUGGCUGAGAAGGUUGUUGAUAGUUUGAUAGAAAUGGACCCUGAAAGUUCAGGUCCAUAUGUGUUGAUGGCAAACUUAUAUGCUGAUAAAGGGAAGUGGGAGAAAGUUGCUGAAGUGAGAAAAAGGAUGAGAGGGAGGAGAGUAAAGAAGGAAGUGGGAUUUAGUUGGGUGGAUGUUGGUAAUGUUGAUUCCUUGUAUUUGCAUGGUUUCUCCUCUGGGGAUAAGUCACACCCAGAGUCUGAGAGUAUUUGUAGAAUGGCAGAGUUUCUGGGAUUGCAAAUGAGAUUUUCAAAAGAGAGCAAAGAGAGGGAAGGAGAGUGGUAUCAGAAGUAAUAAAUCCAGAAAUAAAUGAGGAACUUGAAAGGUG